AUGAAAGUACUCAUUCUUCUUGCCUUAUUCAUUAUUUGUGCUUUCUCUGAACAAUCAAGUAGUUAUAGCAAUGACUCAAGUAGUUAUAGCAAUGACUCAAGUAGUGGAACAGAAGAUGACAAUAAAUAUUCUGUAGAAUUUUGGGUUGCCAUUGGAUGUGCUAUUGGUAUUACUGUUGUCAUAAUAAUUUUGAUUCUUGCAAUUACAGUUUUAUUCAUUUAUAAGAAGAUGACCAAUAAGUCUAGCGAAUAUGAUGCUAUUGCUUAA